CAAAUCUGGCGAUGCCUGACUACUGUCUUGCGCGCCAAUAUGGCGGCCAAGCUCUCCAGCUUCGCUGUCAACAUCACUGUCAUCAGUGUCAGCCUUGGUGAAAGCAAGCACAAAGCUGUGUUGAAGGGCCCCACUUCAAUCUAUGGUAGUUUGACUUCAUUGUUUCAUCCGGACAAUCCCCAUGUGAUUUCACUUUACUCUUUGGUACUUCUCUCCUCCAGCACAAUUGUGCGGUUGAUUGCCAGCAGGAUCCUCGGUGGUGAGGAUUGAAGGGCAGCAAUGGGCCGGACGAAACGCAGCGCUAUGGAAGCAAGCGAUGCUGAGAGGUUUCUGAUCAGUCAGAUGUUCCAGUGUCAGCAAUUUCUCGCAAGUCGUUCCAUUGCACCUGGAUUCAACACGGACCCCGAUGCCUUCGAAGCUGCUGUUUGGCCCCUCCUGCAUAAGAAAGACAAGUCGAGGAAGUUUCCAGGCACAGGCCAAUCUACGCUCGGUGUGCUAGACUUCAGCAGCCCCACUCCCCCCAACAAGAGGCCCCGUCUUGGCACAGAGCCCAGCCUUGCAGCACCCACAAUGAGGGCUGAAGCUGAUGAUACAGGGCCCUCCAGAACCUCCACGCCCGCAGAACCCCCUACAGCUCAGGGCGCAGUCGGUGUCAGGGCCACUGACCAGAACUUUGAGCCUUCACAUCUGACACCGUCUACUAAAUUAAAGACAAUUUCCAAUGAGCUCCCCGCUUCCACACCCAACCAGCAUAUGCACCAACUGCUGCAACUGAUAGAGCGUCAACAGAGACACCUCCGUGCGAAGGAGGGCGUCUCGCCCAUUGCCCCCCCCCAAGUCACGCGUGCAGAAACGGGGGGUGGAAACGUGGGGCAAAGCGACCCCCGGCUGCUGGACCUCCAGCGAGCGUUGCUGUACGCUUCUGCCGCUCGGUUUCGGCAUCAGGAGGGGGCGGAGGGGCGUGCGGAGUCGGAACCCUCGAAACUGGUGGACGCAAUCCAGGCGUUGAUCCGAGCGAAGGAAGCUUCUUCUCAUUUGACUCCUGUUGUUGGGGGAAGCGCGAUGAGAGAUCAAGGGCGGCCCGAUGGGAGUGGGCAUGUGGCUAGAGAUCAAGGGGUGCCUCUUGCGGGGGGUGAGCAUGUGAGAGAUCGAGUGGCUCUUGUUGCAGGGGUUGGUGCAGGCAGAAACGAAGGGACCGAAAAGUCAGCUCAAUUGCACCAGUUGCAAAGAGUCCUUCCGCAGCUCACCCCUGCCACGCUGAGCUCGUAUGUGGGGAGGCUGGAGGCGCAAAGGGAAGCCGCUUUCCGUCAACAUCAACCACGGUAACAUCAUCCACGGAAAUUCUCAAAUGUUGGAUAGAGAAAGAGCGCAGAAAACAAAGUGUAAAUAUGUCAGAAAGUGCGAUUACAUCAAGCAUUUCAAGGCAGGUUGUUUGGGUCAUUGCAAGUAGGCCUAGUUUAAGCUCUCGUGUUGGAAAGCUGCAACUCAGACGGUAUUGUCAAGUGGCCCAAAGCGGACGCGAGUCGGAUCCAUGAUUCAACUGCGGCUCCAUGUGGUGGGACCGAAGCCUGAUUGCAAAUAAUGUAGCAUGGUGGCUG